AUGUCAACAGCGAAAGAAGAAAACAUGAUGCCAGAAUUUAUUGAAAAAUUGGAAAAAUCUCUAAAGUUAGAUGAUAUAAAAAGCUUCGAUUACUCGCAAUUUGGAAAUCUAAACCGUAUUGGCGAGGGAGGUUUUGCAGUCGUUUAUUCGUCAACUUUUAACGGACAGAUUUAUGCGUUAAAAAGUCUAAAUUUGAAUUUGAAAUUCGAAGAGAAAGAGUUCAGACAACUUAAACGUGAGAUUAAGUGCCUUUAUACAAUCGAAAGUCAUCCUAAUAUUGUUAAAUUUCAUGGAAUCUCUAGAGAGAAAUCAAAAUUCGAUGAUUUUGAUCUAUAUUAUGUUGGUAUAGUUCAAAUUAUCACGCUGAAAAUGGCUGAAUGGUAUGUACUUGAAAAUAUUUUAUUCCUUGCCCUUUUCUGA